CGCCACUUGUUAUCCAGCUGGCUCCAUAUUUGACCCUAAUUCGAACCCUAUUUCAUGGAACCCAAUGUCCCCAAUGUAUUCGGCUGGCUUCUAAGGGAAGGAACGUGACCGAAACUGACUGAUAGAGACCAUUCACUGUGCUCUUUGCAAAAGAACAGAUUCCCUGGCAGCAUGCAGUACAAACCACGUGAAGGUUGAAUAUUUUCUUAGCUACCAUUAUUUCUGAGCAUAAAGAGGUGGGUGGGUCCAUUUAUUUCACUUUUUAAUAUAAGGACGUUCUCUUUCUUGGCUAACACCGCAGAUUUUUCCUACUUCACGCAUUUAAACUCUUUGCAAAUUUUUCAUACUUCACGCAUGUAAACUCCUUACAAUUUGAUGUCUGGUACGAGCAACAAAUUUUAUGUGGUUUUUCGGGGCAGAAAUCCUGGGAUUUACACUACCUGGGAUGACUGCAAUGCACAAGUGCAUAAAUUCAAGAACAAUAAGCAUGAAAGGUAUCCAACCUUCCACGAAGCAAAACAAGCACUAGAUGCAUUCUUUGCACUCUCAGAAGAAUUUGAAACCCCGCUCCAGAGCCAGGAAGGACCUACCCAACACACACAUGAUUUUCAUGGAGAGAGCAGCACUGCUUACCCACCCAACCUGUCUCAACCGUGUAGAAGGUCAUAUUCCCCAAUGCAAACAAAGUGCACUUUCAAUGAUGAAGGGAAGUCUGAACCUCAGCAUGGUAUGUCACAGUGCUUGAAAGGUGAUCAAGUUGUCCUCAAGUUUAGCAUGAAAAACUGGUUAAUAGAAGCUUGUAAGGUUUUGGGGAUGGACACACCUGAGUAUUAUCCAUAUCCAUUGAAAAUUCUGAAUGGCUCACCCCAGCACAGUUAUAUGUGUUACAUACGGUCCCCAAAAAUCCAGGAUACACCUGUAGAAGUUGGCCCUCAUGCAACAUCAGCAGAUCUAGCAAUGGAACAUGUUUCAUUACAAUGGUUAAAGAGGUUGGAGAAAUCCCAUAACUUAGCUAUUGUAGACUACAACCUGCAUAAGGUCCAGGAGAAGAAUGAACGAAUCCAGUGUCUAGAGGUGGAGAACUUUGAUCUGGUCAUGGAAAACUCAAGCCUCAAGCAACAAAAUCUGGACUUAAGGAGUAUGUUGCACUAUGCUUGAAGUGAACAAUCCGAUGCAAGCUAUAUGACUGUAACUUUUGAAUGGUAGUAUGUCACUUUUUUUUAUGCAAGAAGGCAUGUGUAAUAGACACCCAGACCUUUAGACCUCUAAUGCUUUGCAAUUUAAUUGUUUUCGUGCGUUCAAAUUCUCAGCCAUACUUGCAUGGUCAUACAUUGUUGCUUUAUUUGCUGACUGGGUUUGACUGACUCUUGUGUUGUAUUUUCCUAAUUUUGUACACAGAGUAUCGAUUUAAAUUCCUUAAUUAUAAUGUCUAUGUGUGCAUACAAAGUGUGACAAAAAAUGUUAGGGUCAUAUCAUAGACUGACGCAUCACAGCAGCAAAUGAAGAUUUUAUCUCCUUUAAGAUCUUAAGUUGGAGACCCUAGAUAUCAGUAUCCACAUCUCAGGUUCUAGGACUGGUUUUUGGAUAAGCAUUUCCAUUUCAAAACUGAGUUUUGGAGAACCAUUUCAGAAGCUUGUUGUGCUCCAUUCGUGU